UUUUGGAAUUUGUAAGUGGGAAUUUUGUUGAGUUGUCUAAACGUCUGUCUUGAGUGUCUUGAGCGCUUUACUGUGAACAAAAUCCGGGAGGCAGGCAGAAGCUCAUGAAUAUAGUUCCACUACGCAUGUGUAUUACGAUGCUGUAUUUGCUGUAGAUUUCCAUUUUCGAUAGUCGAUAAUCAGAAACUCGAUCUGCAUAAAUUCAGCUGUACAUUAAUUAUUUUCUGAUAUAUAAAAAUCUUUAAAUUUUUUAUAUGCUGAAUAAUUCUAAUAAUGAUGGCUCUCAAUAAUCCUUUCAAUAAAUAUAGGAAUAAAACUAUAAUUUUUUUGAAAAUUCUACUCGUUAUGAAUCAUCAGUAUGAAUUUUUUGCUAAUACAAAAAUUAAGUAGUGGUAUCCACGGCACUAAUCUUACUGAACAGAAUACUGACCGAAUGAAAACUAGUAAAAUGUCAGUUCACACUUCACAGACAGCAGACACUUUGUUGAUCUAUUCUUCUUUAGCUCUUGAUUUGUAAUCAGUGUACAAUUGUCAGUUAGUUGAUGAUAAGUGUGUUGUGUUUGUGUAUGUGAAUAAUACUUGUUCUGGGCGUAAUUCUUUUUUCAUUACUCCUUUUGGUUAAAUUACUAGUGUAUAAUUAAUCCUAUUAUUAGUAGGUACUGAAGAGAACUUUUUUAUGGAGUGUUACAAGCAAUGAAUAGAUUACCUUAUUCAAUGACUUGACCGUAACAUGUACGAAAACUUUGUUCACGAUGGACAACCUUCAAGUAUUGGUUCCAACACUGACAAAGUCUGCUAGCCGGAGUCCAUCUCCUAGUUUGUCGUCCAGACAAUGGAAUACGUCUGCGUAACAUGCUCUAUGCGAUUGAACAGGAUAACAUGGUGCUAAUGGAUUUAUCUCUUCCAGUCAGCAAAGUUAACUCAAUGUUCUCUCUCCAAAAGGUUACCUUUAAAUCAUAAGAGCGUGGAGAGCAGUGCGAUGAGUAGGUGCAAGUCGCCGAACACAACAAGGCACGAGCGAGGCAGUUCGGCCGACGCAAAUGUGGCACUUGGCCUGCUGCCUCACCCGAGGGCCGACGCCCCAGGCGCCAAUGUCAGUGCCACCGCCAACGAUGAUCCCUCCAGUGUCGACGAUGAUCCGGACUUAUUCGGUCCAUCUUCUUCCUUCAUUUCCAAUGGCUCAGCAGAAAUGGUUGAAGAUGCUGAAGAAACGAAAACUCGGCAAGCAAUCGAACACAUGUACCACAAGAUUACAAAAACGCGAAAUCAAAUUCGUGGCGAACAAACAGCCAGAGACGACAAUGUAAAUGAGUAUCUGAAACUAGCAUCAAAUGCUGAUAAGCAACAACUGACACGUAUAAAAGCUGUUUUCGAAAAGAAGAACCAGAAAUCUGCCCAGAGUAUAUCCCAACUUCAGAAGAAACUAGACAAUUAUAGUAAAAAGCUGCGAGAACUUGAACAUCAUGGCAUCUCCGGCCAUCGACACACAAGGGAGGUUCUUAGAGAUGUGGGGCAAGGACUCAAACAUGUGGGUGGAAAUAUCAGGGAUGGCAUUUCCGGAUUAUCUGGAUCGGUUAUGUCAAAACCAAGAGAGUUCGCACAUCUAAUAAGAAAUAAAUUUGGAAGUGCUGAUAACAUCAAUUCUUUAACAAGAAACGAAGAGAACAAUGGACUUGAGGAAGAGCGAACACACCACGGCAGUGCGACGCUGCCGGGCAACUGCAGCCUGGGUGGAUCGGGCCACGGCGGAUCGGGCAGCGCAACUGGCGGCAAGUUCGCGUCCGAAGAGAACUCAGAGUGCAGCUCAGUGACGUCAGAGAGCAUCCCCGGCGCCAACACCGCAUCCCCCCACUCCUCCAAUCCGGCCAACCUCCCGCCCCCUCCCGCCUCCCUUGACAACCUCAUUGCCGAGCUGCACUCGCGCAAGCAAGAAAUCGACAGGCUCAAGGACAAGCUCGAGACGUUCAAGCAAGUGAUGCAUAAAGAGGUUACCUUACUGAACCAAGCACUUAGCGAAGAAAGAUUCCGUAGUGAAAGAUUAGAAGAACAAGUUAACGAUCUCACAGAGCUGCAUCAGAAUGAGGUCGAAAAUCUUAAAACUAAUAUCUCAGACAUGGAAGAGAAAGUUCAGUAUCAAAGUGACGAGAGACUGAGAGAUAUCCACGAAAUGCUCGAAUCCUGCCAGACAAAGAUAUCAAAAAUGGAACAUCAACAACAACAACACCAACAGUAUUUAACAUUAGAGGGACUCGACAACUCCAAUGCCAGAGCACUCGUGGUCAAGUCAAUUAAUGUGCUACUCACUAUCCUGCAAGUCAUCCUGUUAUUGGUAGCUGCAAUAGCUGGUAUUAUGAUGCCUUUCCUGCGCACACGAUUUCGAAUUUUGACAACGGUGGUUGUUGUUUUUGGCACAGUCGUAGUUAUGAAGCAGUGGCCAGAACUGGCGGAUAUGAGCAAAUAUGUUGUGAACUAUUUCAAAGAAAUUUUCGCUUUCAAGUAGUAAGUUGAAUUGAAUCCUGGAUAUGAUCUCUAGUGAAUGAAUCUCUCUAUGUCUGGUCCGAUUGCUUGAAGCAUCCUUCAGUUGUACUGAAUGCUGAGGUUCGAGGAUUCAACGAGUGCUGAUCGUAUCAUGUCAUCACAUGUCUCAGAAGCUCAUAGUUAUUCAACCGACUAGACUACAUUGUAAAUAUUACCUUACCAAACAAAGACACAUGUGCUCAUAAUUUUAUUUUCAACUGAAUAUUCUCCACCUGUCGAUAAAUGCGCUUAAAAUGUUCUACUUACUACUUACUACUACUGAUUGUCUGAUGUGCUGUGUAAAGUCCACUCAGAGCAUCUCUAUAAUGGCUAAAACAGGGUUUACUGUAUUUUUAAACCAUGUCUGUAUUUCUGUAUUUCCGUCAUUCAAAUCAUCAAAUCAGUCUGCAAGAUCUUUGGUAGUAUGUGAAAUUUAUGUUAGUAUAUUUCUUUAAAUCAUAGACAUUAUUCAUGUAGACUUUCAAUUUUAUUCAAAUAUUGUUUAUUUUAAAUGAAUUGCUCAUGAGAUGCAAAGUUCUCGUUACAUUCAAGUUUUAAUUGCAUAACAUGAUGUGUUAAUUAUUGUGAUAUUGUGAAUUAAAUUUAAUUGUAUUGAAAUGUUAUUUGUAUAUUUUAAGUUAACCUAAUUAGCUGAAAUUAGAUUGAUUUUCUCGCAAAGCCUCAUGGUGCCUAUUUUAAAUGAGAAUUGAUGGAAUUUAGAGUUGAUUAGUUGGAGAAUGUUGUAUUGUUUUGUAAAAUAUUCGAUCAUAAACUUCUAUCAUGUUUCUACGCUUUUCUAAUGCUUCCGACUGGAAGUAGAUUCUCCAGGCACAUUGAUUAUGAGACUAAUGCAAAUUUAGAAUAAUAUUGUUAAUAGAUGCUCUCAGACAACACAAGUAAUGCAUUGUCACACAUCGUGUUUAGUAACUCGUCAAUCACUCAUAAAUCAUUUUUCAUACAUAAAUCUAGCUGUUUGUGGCGGUAAACAAUUUUAUCUGAAUGUUUACAUUUAUUAAAUUCUUAAUUGAAAUAGAACUUGGGCUUAUUGUCGAUCGCUGGCUAUUUGAGACGAGUGAAAGAUGAGCUGUGCUGUAUUUUAUUGUAUUCAUGUAUAUUUUUCCGAAAUAAAUUCACAUAUUUGUGAAUUGGUAACUUUUAAAUGUUUAUGCACAUGUUCAAAUCAAUGACUACAAUCCCUUAUGUUGAUUGGUUAGGCUUAUAGUAAAAAUAUGAAAUUAUAGGGAAGGGCAUUCAAUGUAUAGGAAGGAAAAUGUCCUAUGAUGAUAAUAUGAAUACGUGUUUGAUAUCAUUAAAUUAUUGUGCUAGAGAUAGGUAAAUAAAUAUUUUUAUACUUUAUGUAAGUCCCUUUUUAUUCCUUUGUAUAAUACAUUAUUUACUUUUCUAUUACUUUUUCAAUGUAAAUUUAUAAUGUGUAUGUGUAUCUAUCAAUUUUCAAGGUAAAUGUCACUUUCUCUCUUUGGAAUGAAUAAAUGUUUGAUUUUAUUUGUCAGUUGCUAUAAAAAGUUUAGCUUUUGCAAAUAAAAAUCUUCUACAAGUCAAUUAAUGCAAGUUUUCAAUUAUUAUCUUGUGUUACACAUGUUUUAUUGGAUAUACGAACAAGCAUUACUGCAAUGUAUUUUGUACAGUGCAAUAAAUAAUCAUGAAACAACUAAAAA